AUGGCGCCGGCAUAUGUGCAAGGGUCAACCGAUGAGCCACUAGUUGAAGAGACUAUUGCCAACAGGCUUGCUGCGGUAGUUGCAAAAUACCCAGAUCGUGUUGCUGUCCUGUCGAACCAAGGGAAGCUUACCUACAGGCAAAUCGAUGAACAAAGUGACGCAGUUGCAAUUACGUUUAGAGAUUUGGGAUUCCGGCCAGCUGAUAGAGUAGCCGUUUGCCUAGGGAAUUUGGCAGAGUAUGUUGUGGUAAUACAUGCCUGCGCCAAGUUAGGCGCAAUAGUAGUCCCCAUGAGUACUGCUUAUACUGAAGUACAGUUGGUUUCCGCUAUCAACCAUAUUACGGCGAGUUGCCUGGUACUUAGUACAGAUAUCUCAUUGCCUUACAAAGACCCGAAAUCAGCCCACGAACUUUUCGGGGGGAUUAUUCCAAAAGAAAGCCGUAACAGCAAAGUUCCUUCCCUUAGGCACCUCCUCGUCAUCGACAACUCACCCUCUAAAUGCCACCGUGAAGCCUUUUCGGACGCGGUGUGGUUCGAUGAUGUCCUCGAUCAAAACUGCGGGAAGAAAUUCCAGCAGCAAGCGAAAUUGACGCCCUCAGACGUUAUUAACAUUCAAUUCACUUCGGGAACAACAUCAUCGCCCAAGGCUGCUUGCUUGACCCACAAAAGUCUUUUGAAUAACGCUAUCGUUACCGGGAAUCGGCUAAAUCUUACGGAACUGGAUGUUUUAUGUUGCGCGCCUCCGAUAUACCAUGCUUUUGCUAUGUCGUUGGGUGUCUUGUCAACAAUGGCCUUCGGCUGCACUUUGCUCCUGCCCUCCGAAAGCUUUAGCCCAAAGGCUGUAGUCGACUCUAUUAUCAAUCAUCAGGCCACUGUGAUUUACGGAGUGCCAACCAUGUUUCUAGCAGAACUGGAGGAGGCUGCUCAGCGUGGGCUUGGAAGUUCCUCUUUCUCAAGCCUGAGAACGGGGCUUAUCGCGGGUAGCAUCGUUCCACCCGUUCUUCGAGCUAGAUUGAAGGAAAAAAUGAAUUUGUCUGGAUUGUUGAAUAUGUACGGGAUGACCGAACUAUCGCCGAGUGUUUCUACAACAUGCUUCAACGAUGAGAUUGAGAGACACCAUAACACUGUCGGGACAACUUUACCACAUACGGAAAUCAGAAUUGUCUCUCGUGAUAACUAUCACCGAACAUUGCAGAGAGGGGAGAGGGGUGAACUUUUAAUUGGAGGAUAUCUACUAAUGAAAGGCUACUGGGAAGACGAAAAACGAACGUCGGAGGCCCUGAUAAUAGAGACAGACAUGCACCCAGAUGGAUCGGGUUCAUUUCAAGGCUCAAAAACCUGGCUCCGAACUGGGGACGAAGCUGUCAUCAGACCGGAUAGUAUGCUACAAAUAACCGGCCGGAUCAAGGAUAUUAUAAUUAGAGGGGGCGAGAAUAUCUAUCCCUCAGAAAUCGAAAAUUUUCUACUCCAGCAUGACCUUAUAAACAGCGUGGCUGUUGUCGGGUUACCGGAUGAUCGCUAUGGCGAGAUUGUAUCUGCUUUCGUUAUACCACAUGAAAAUGCGCUUAUUUCGCAAUGCCACGAUAUUUCAUCUUUUGACCUCCGUGCCAGAUCAGAACCUCUAGCCGGUGUUAACAAUGGGCCUACAGGAACCAUUCUCACGGGAGAAGAUAUUCGUUGCAUGGUCCGGGGUACUCUAGGCAGAAGCUCCGCGCCGAAGUACAUAUUCUGGGUAUCUAAAAUUCCUUUAACGGCGACUGGGAAAACAGAGAAAUACAAACUGAGGGAAAUUGGCGAAAUGGAACUUAGAAGGAGAGCGGAAAGCGUGGUUGUAGGCCACCAAGGCGUACGGAGCUAG